AUGAUCACCUACAACAAACGCACUAAAUCAAGCAUGCAAACGACUUAUGCCAUGACGAAUAAAACAUACUCAUACGCCUCGCAACAUAUAAUAAAAUGGCUUCGCUUGAUUGGUGUUAAGGAAAUCCUGGCCAGACAUCCAGAGAUCAAACAGCUGAUGGGCUGCGAUCCUACCAUUGCCUACAUCGUUCUACUCGAGGUGACCCUUCAGAUGGCCAUAUGCUGGUCGAUCCGCACCUAUCAACCUACCUUUUUGGUCUGGCUGGCUGCCACCUAUUUCAUCAGCGGCACCCUCAACCACUCUCUGGGGAGCUCAAUUCACGAAAUUGGUCAUAACCUUGCCUUUGGACACCGGUAUCCAGUUUCCAAUCGAGUGCUUUCACUGGUCGCCAACCUGCCACUUAUCGUGCCAAUGGCAAUCAGUUACAAGAAGUAUCACCACGAGCAUCAUCGGUAG